UCUCUCUCUCUCGCUCAAAAUAAAAACCAUGUUUGAAGACUCUGUAUCUUCCAUCCCUUCAAUCUGGUCCUCCAUUAACAGCUGGUUCACCCCCCCUGUCUUCUUCAUCCUCCUCAAUGUCAUGAUUGGAAUCAUUUACUUAACUUCAAAAGCUAACCAACAACACCACCACCACCACCAAAAUCAAACCCAACACGACGAUCAACAAACCCAUCAACACCAACAAAUCAGACUCGAAAGAUCGCCCUCUGUUCUUCAACGCCUCAGGUCCAUCAACCUCUACAGUUAUAGAUCCCGCGAACCCAACCCAUCUCCACCCAUCACCACCCAUUUCGACCCAACCCCAGAUUCAAAUACCCAUUACGAUCCUCAACAAACCCAUCAAUCUCAAACCCCGGAAACAGAGGCCCAGAACGAUUUUCAACAAACCCAUUUCGAACAGGAAGAAGAGGAGGCACCGAGUCUAGAUGAGGUGUACAAUAUGCUUAAGGGCCGUCAUGUUAUCAGAACGAAGUCUGACACCCAACCCACCGCCGGAGAGAUGCCGAAGAAGCUGCCGACGAAGAUGAAGAAGUCGGCGAGUGCGAAGUCGGUGUUCCCGCACUUCGAGGAGGAGGAUAUCGUGGAGGCUCGCCGUCCGGCGACUGUGAGGGAAGGGAAAGCUAGAGCGACGGAGGUGGACGAGGAGGUCGAUGCGAAGGCUGAUGAUUUCAUCAAUUCUUUCAAGAACCAGUUGAAGUUGCAGAAGCUCGAGUCCAUUAAAAGGAACAAACAAGGAAUGAUCAGUAGAGGGGUGUAAAGUGAGUAAUCUUGAUUUCCUGGGGCUGUUUUCGAAUUUUUUGUUAAUUUGGGGGUUACUUUUUUGUUUUUUGAUAGUACGGGUUAAAAGGUUGGAUUGGCUAUAGAUCUACAUGUGCUGCUGCUUAUGAUGUUGAUGUAAUUUUACCGUGAAAUGUCAAGUAUGCCCGUUGAUAUUCGCAAUGAAUAUCAGGUGUGGUUUGUGAAUAAA